CAAGCCAAAGCCAAACAUAAGAAAAUAUGAAAUGACCAAAAAUAAACAAUAUCAACGAAAUAAAAUAUAAUUUUAAAUUCUAUUCAUGAAGCUAUAAGAAUUCGUUACAAAAAAUGGCAUUUGAACAAUCAAGAACAUUAGCUUCAAUGAUCCUCGAUGAAAUUGGACUUGAAGGACUAGAAGGAAUAACAAUUUCUGGAUUAUGGACAAGACUCUCAGAUAGUAUGCAACUUCCACUACCACUUCUUGAUAGAUUCCAAAUGCAAGUGUGGAAUGUUUUGAUUCAAGCACAUGACUACUUAAUUUUCUAUGAACUACCCCAACCACGAGAGAAGUUAAAACUAUGGAACCGAUUUGCCCAAACCGACCCCGACUAUGGUCUGCCUUUAACAUUGAUGGAGUGUCCUUUCAAUUUGUACAAAUGUGUACCAAUAACCGAUGGAGAAAUAAUGGGAUCAUGUGAGAAUUACGACACCCGCAAAGCAAUUGCCUUCGAUGAGAUCAAACACAUGACUUUAAAAGAAAUCGAACAAAAAUGGGGUGAUAGUUUUGUUAUAGUUGGCACCCAAAAACUUCGUUACAGUUGCCUCAUUCCAUCACACAUAAGUACACCAACAGAAAUUACCUCAAUCCAAUAUUGUGUACUCGAGUUCAUUGGACGUUCCCGUAAAAAUGGCAUCUCCACAGCCGGAAAGUUCUCAAUCCUGCAUUGUUGCAAAGAUUCUGCAAUUGGCUUUUACAUAAGGAAUAAACUAAUUCGCCUUGGUUUGGUUGUAAGACAAAGUUACACAGAGAAACGUGCUGAUCGUUUAGUCGGUUCUAGUCUUUUGAAUCUAUCACGUUUCUAUUCUCAAAACAAAACUGCAUUUACGGCCGUGAUCGAGAAGAUGUUUUUCGCCUUGAGACACACUCCAAAUCAAAGAAUGUCUAUGUGCAGUCUCAGGCACAUGUUCCCGCCGGAAAAUCACGCAAUGAUAAAGAAAAUCCAAACAACACAUUUCUUUAAGAAAUUCUUCGAUAUUUCUAAUGUCCUUGCUAAGGAAUUGCCCGAUGUCAAACAAAGUUCCAAAGCAAGUGGAGACCGUGAAGUACUUUGUGUGAAAUUAAAAAAUCCUGGUUUAUCAGAAGAUGAAAUUUUUAACGAUGACGAAGUAAUAGAAGAAAAAGAACAGAAUAAUGAUUUCUAUGACUAUAAACAUGCUUAUGUUGAUAUGCCACUUUCAGAGGAAAUUUAUCGUGCUAUUGAAAAGUACGGCAGUGAAGGUUGCAGUCAAUCACAAUUGUGUGCAAAUUUAUCUACAAAUCAUUUAAAUGUUCGACAAGCUUUGAAAAAAGCUAUUCAACAAAAAAUUGUCACAACUUAUUGUAAGGAUAUGGGUCGACAAAGAACGAAUAUGAUUGUAGCUGUUAGCUGUGCAAAUUCUGUUAAGAAAGUCAAGGAAGACCGCGAUAACAUCACAAAGAAUUUAAAAUGCAGUGACGAACCGAAACUUCCACCUGAGCCUGAUCAACCACCAAAAGACAUCCAGCAAAUAACAUCCAGCAUCAAAGAGUUUAUUAAUAAAUUCAAACCCACUCCGCGUGAUGUCACAGUGAAACAAGUCGAACGUCAGCAAAAAAUCGUCAAUUUAGUCGAUGAACGCUGCAUCAUUCAAUUGACGCAGCUACGUUUGGAAAUAAUCAAAUGCGAACAAGAAGCCGGAUACAAAGAUGAAAUAUGCAAUAAAUCAAUUUACAGAAUAAUCGCACGUCUGCAACAGCAUAAAAUUGUCAAUAUGUUCGAAAUAUCACUACGAUUGGAAGAUAACGCUCGCCUGUAUCGAUAUGUUACUCAUCCCAAGAUCACAAUUGAUCACAAUAUCAUGCAACAGGAAAUUCUCAAACUCAAAAAUGCAAUGUUCUUAUUUUUGGAAGAGAGGAAAUGUCGUGCUUUACCGCCGAGAAGCGGGGAGUUGGCGAAGCCAAAAGUGGAGCGAGUGGGCAUUAUUCCUAUGGGUCCACAGAAAUCGCCGAAAUUCCUUACUGCUCGGUUUUUGCACGAGUUUAUGUUUUACGUGUCCAAUGAUUUGCAUUCUAAUCGAGAACCCUUGCCAUUGACGGAGAGUUUCCUGUCAACGUGGGUUGAAUCAGAGCCCAAUAUCAACCCAACAGAACUUUAUAACAGCAUGGUAGAGGAUCACAUUUAUCCCUACAGAGACAGUCUCAAUUGGAAGACAUUCAUUACACCCUUGCCCACUUAUAAAGAUAAGCCCGCUGGUUGGAUAUCUUUUCCGGAUGUCGUCGAAAGAAUGCCCUUCUCGCUGUUGAGUAAGAUCAUCCACGUCCCUCCGACUGUGGACAAGGAAGCGAUGGAAUACUUAACUCAUCCUGUUCGACAGCAUUACAUAAUCAAACAUUUGCCAUUGGCCUUGCAAGGUCUGAUUAAUCGUGGUCGAUUGUCAAGAAUCCUAUGCAACAUCAUGCUAAUUCUGCAAUUUAUGGGAUUGGUUCAAGUCACGGACAAGAAAGGCAAAGACCCGUUGCAAAUUUGGGUCUAUUUGAAUCGAAAGGCGACAGUCGUCGAUACUACACCCUCAGAACCAGGCUAUUUGACAAUUAACGGUGACCGAGAAUACACGAAGAUAGAUUUUAAUUUCAAAAAAAUGAGUGACAUCAAACAGUACUGGAACUGUUUGCAUAAGAUCUGUCUCAUCACAAAGUUGGGCUUUGUCCAUAAGAACAUUGUGGAGCCUGGUGCAAAACACGUUUACAAAAAACGACGUCUUGCUUUGUAUGACAUUGUCUCGGCAGUGACGAAUUUCGAAGAGGCUCCACUUCGGGAUACGGGAGUUCCACCGGGCGAUGGUCUCGGAGCAGGUGGUCUAGCCUCGGGUCUAUAUUCGUCGUUCCAACGCAAUUGGACUUGGCUGGUGAAUAACAAGCACACCGCUGCGGUAGCAGCAGCAGCUCAGAAACUCAAAAAACAGAGUACUAAGUACAUGAGGACGAAGAUGUCCAAGCUAGCCGAUGAGACUAUGAUAAAGAAAUCUAGCGUAAAGAAGGUGACUACUCGCCUAGCAACAACCUCAUCGGGAAAAGUGGUCAAACGAAAGAAAAUUGUUUCGGUCAAACCAAAACCAAAAUUCCCGGCCGAUUCCAUUGAUCGAGAUGCGAUCAGGCAGAUGCGCUCCCUGCGAGCUCGCUGGUGUCACAAGGAGGAUCUCAUCUUAAAAAUGGCAAGGGCAACAUUCCUCUUCCUUGGCGUUCCAGUUGUUCAUUUAAAUCUUCGCGAUGUGGCCAAAAUUGCUCGAGACAUCAUUCGCUUGCAGUGUGGCAUCUACAACAAGACCACACAAGCCUGCCAUCGUAGGAUUCACUUUAUGGUCAAAACUAAUCGCCAUUUGCCUGAACUACCGCAAUGGUUACAUGCCAUGCAAACAAAUGAACACCUCACCGAUCGUUAUGAUCCUGAAACAUUCUUUCGCGACUUGAAAGAACUCUAUCCGGUUAAGACGGACUUUCAGAAUGCCCUUGCGGUGCACUUUUUGUACGCCUUUGGUGUGUUGCAGGCCCAACAAAGACAAGACGAUCCUCAUCACAGAAGCAACUUUCCCGACACACUGACGGAAUUCUACAAAAAAUACCGUGAGUGUACUCCUCUUAUGGACGAAAAGUCUCUGCUGUACUUCAAUCCUGCCACAAGAGUUGACCUGCAACUUGCCACUAUAAACAAUGUCCUGCACAGUUCUUUGAGUUGUGUGCGGGACAAGACGCAGUAUAACUUGCAGAUCUUUGACAUCUUCAAGACAUACUCCGAGGAAGUGCUUCACACUGCAUUUAAGAUUGCUCGCAUGGACGGAUUGGUGGUGUCUCGGAAGAAAUCCCAAACUCACACCUACACCACUCAACUAACGGGUCCUUCAUUUGUUUUCUCCAACAAGUACCGAAUGAGUUUGAUGUUCCUGAGAUUCCCCUACGUUGUGCUGGACAUGUUAUACGCAUUCUUUAACCAAGCAACAAAGCAGAUAUAUAAUAGUGAGCCAGAAGCAGUUGUAAUAAAAUCACCACAUUCGGGACAGUUGUUCUUUAUGGCAGAACUUCUCUGGCACAAGGCAAUUGUUGUGGACAUCAAUACUCCGAACAAUAUGCUCACCAUCGAUCCCAUGGCCCAGCAAUCGAGCACAAGUCAAACGCAGAAAAUCAUGGAUCAUUUUCAUAACAUCCUCGAGAAUGCCCCUCAAACAGAAUAUUCCAAACAUUUUGAUUCUCUCGGCGAACUGGCAACAAGGGUGAAGUUCAAAGCAGGCAACGUCAAACACAAGCUCAACUAUAAUCCCUUUGAUGUAAUCGCUAAAAUGGACUGUGUGCAGAUACAUUUCUUUUGUUUUUUGGGAAAACUAAAUCGAUCAGUGGACAUUAACUUUAGUAAGUUGAUUGUAGAACAACCCAAAGAAAAGGAUAAACAAAACGAGGACGAAGAUGAAAACGAAGACAAAGAGGAUGUGAACUUAUGUCCCUUCUCUGCUGAGUGUGUUAUGAAAAGUCAAGACUAUUUACAAGCCAUCGAGACAAUUGUUAAAAAUCGAGAAAAUAUGCUCCUGGGCAUAAGCGAAGACAUCGAUAUGAAUGGUGUCGAAUGUAAAAACAAUACCACUACACUUUGUGUCGAAAAUAUUAUGGCAAUUUUUGAAAAUUAUCGAACAUUCAUGAAAAACCAUUUGGCCAAAGAAGACUCUAAGGACUUUGGUUCGAUUGGUUUGAAGAAAAAACCAUUGGAUUUAGUAGAGGUUUGCAAGGAUAUUCUAGAGACAUGCGAUGAGAUGCCGUUAAACGAUGAACAUGAACCCGAACUGAAUAAAGACGAAAAAGUCGCUAGAGCUCAAGAUGUUUUUGUUGUUAAUUUGCCAACGCUCAAAAUACAUGCAUCGCCUGAGAGUGAACAAAUGCCAAAGGCUAAAUUCAAGGACACCAUGAUGCCUGAGAUGUUGAUGGAAACUGCUUUGCUGAGGGAAAAGAUUCUCGAACGAAUUGUUGAGGAUGCAUGCUGGAAGUAUACCCAAAAUAAUCUAACCACACUCAGAACAUUAAUGAGUGAAAUUGGAUAUACCGACGAGGAACAAGAUGAAGUUGUAAGAAUUCAUGAUUUCAUAGAGUCCUUUGACCUCGGCGCUCCUGCUUCUGAUCUUUUGAAACGUUUUCCUGAUGUUGAAUUUCUAACAAAGGCUACAAAACUUCUCCGUAAACACUUUCUCGUUUUAAGAGCUGGUGUUUCAACUUUUGUUUAUGUACAAAAAAAUCACAUUCGUCCAUGGGUCAUCCAGACGCGGCAUAUUAAGCGUUUAGAACGCGAAUCGAUGGGUAGACUUAUUCCGAAUGCAUCACGACCAGCUCAAAAGCGAAAACCCGAUGAUAACGAUGAUGGUUUGAGUGAUGAAGAAGAGUCAUCAUCAUCGGUGGCUAAACAAAGUAGAGUCAAUGAAGAAGGACGACGAAAACCAAAACCAGUUGUACGUUUUGGAGAUCAUAAAGAAACUACGACUUCUUCACUAGACAACCAAAAUCCAAAAGAUCAAUUACUUGUUCUUAAGCCAUGCCCAUGGAUUCGCGUGAAUGGAUCGUUAAAUCGACGUGUUCUUGAUAAAUGGCUGGCUAGCAUAUUAAUCGAAUGUUCUUCCCAAGGUGGCUGUACUGUUCAUGCAGUUUGCUUACGGUAUAAACAAAUGCAUGCUGCUGACAUAAUGUACCUUUUGGAAGUUUUGUCUGAACUGAAAAUCAUAGAGUUAAAAAGUUUUAAACCACGUCCGGUUGGAUUAUUCACAAAAUUUCAAGAACUUGAACAGUGUGAAGGUAAUGAAUUUACCGAUGCACACAGAACAUAUAUAAUUACUGCGCCAGACGCAAUGUUGCGUAUGACUCUUUUCAUCGGAGAUAAGCUUUAUCGAUCUGAAUUUGUUUAAAUUUCAAUGAAAAACUUUUUUUAAGAUUUUAUUUUGUAUAAGUUAAAGAGAAAAAAAAUACAUUAAAUUAUUUUAUACGUUUAA